UUCCGUUCGGUCGACAUAAAGAAAACCACAACCGCUGCUCAGAUUACAUUGGAUUGUCCUAGUUGUUGCACGUACUGAAAGGCGAAAGCAGAAAUGGCUUCGGCGGAUCUUUCACGCCGAGUUUCCAGUACUGAGGACAAGAAUUCUCACUUUUCUGAAAUAAUAGAAUUAAAUGUAGGGGGACAGGUCUACGUAACCAGACACGCAACUUUAAUAUCUGUGCCAGACUCUGUCCUCUGGAACAUGUUUAGCCAACAAAAGCCUAAAGAGCUACCACGGGACAGCAAAGGGCGUUACUUUAUAGACAGAGAUGGCUUUUUGUUCCGAUAUAUUUUGGACUACCUGAGGGAUCUGAACCUUGUCUUGCCUGAUUACUUUCCAGAGACAUGCAGGCUGCAAAGGGAAGCCGAAUACUUUCAACUGCACCAACUCUCCAAGUGUCUAACCAUGAAGAUGAGUAAAGGCAGCUCGGUGAGUGCGGACAUCUGUCAAAGCGAUUCGGAUGAAGGUGCGCUCCUCGGCGCGGUCAGGGAGUCCGCUGCCAGCCAAAGGAAAUCCGGCUACAUUACCAUCGGAUAUAGGGGCACCUACACCAUCGGAAGAGAUAUACAAACCGACGCCAAAUUCAGAAGGGUGGCCAGGAUCACCGUAUGCGGGAAGACGUCCCUGGCAAAAGAAGUGUUCGGGGACACGCUGAACGACAGCAGGGACCCGGACAGACCCCCGGAGAGGUACACGUCCCGUUACUACCUGAAGUUUAAUUUCCUGGAACAGGCUUUUGAUAAACUGAGCGAGGCCGGAUUUCACAUGGUGGCCUGCAGCUCCACAGGCACGUGUGCGUAUGUCAGCAACGACCCGACCGAGGACAAGAUCUGGGCGAGUUACACAGAGUACGUGUUCAGCCGGGGGGAUGUUAGUGGCCGGGGGUGAGCUCGCUGAAGGGCAUACAAAAAAAAUCGGCUUCCCUGUUCUAUAAUCUACCCAUGUAUAAAUAGCUGGCAUGCCACAAAAUACAGCAACGCUGUUUUUCAUUUCCCCAGUCUUCAUCAGAUGUUGAAUUACAAAUAAUUACAUUGAAAAUAUGAACGUGCUACGCAACUUUUUUUUUUUUUUUAAUUUUGCAUUUGUAAUUGAGCAUUGUUGAUUUAUCACCCACACGGGAGGACACUUUUGGUCGGUUCAGACUUGUUUUGUAAUUCAAUCACGAGUUUUAAAAGUAAGGUUAAAUCACGGUUACUUGCACCCAAAACUGUAAAAGUGGAAUAAAUUGUAUUUGGAUAGCGUCACUGUCUGCGAUUGUUUUGCGCAUUGAACGAACUUAUGAAGUUAAACUGACCUGAGUUUUUCUGACAUCUUUGGACUUUCCUCAUAAUAAUGAGCAUAUAAAAUGCAUUUGACUAGUUAACUUUACAGUUUUAUGUUGCCAGUUUAUGACGUACGUUAUCCGCUGACGCAAGAGGCUCGCAUUAUGUAGCCAAUGCCAUAUAUUUUCAGAAAUAAGUACAUAUUUGUCAAUAUAUAACUGAACGAAAUGUCAUGCUGCUUUCACUGAUAAUGUUCUUUUUGACGCAUACAUUUGAGUAUAUGGACUAUAUUCUGUAUGAAUAAAUACAACUGUGUGUGUGUUGAUUUGGAGUUGUAUUCCAUAUUUAGCAGAAAAAAAUAAAGCAAAUAUCUUUCGCACAUUA